GCCUCCCUUUUCGUGCGUGAGUGCUUGGCGUGCAGGUCGUUUCCUGACUCACCGCUGUUCUCUCGGCCUCGCGUUCUCGCUUCGGCCAGGAUUAAGUCGGUCAGGAAGGCUUCACGGCAGCCAUGGCAUUUAAAGAUACUGGCAAGGCACCUGUGGAACAGGAAGUAGCAAUUCAUCGAAUCAGAAUUACCCUGACAAGUCGCAAUGUGAAGUCACUUGAAAAAGUCUGUGCAGAUCUGAUCAGAGGUGCUAAGGAAAAGAACCUAAAAGUCAAAGGGCCUGUUCGCAUGCCCACCAAGACGCUGCGAAUCACUACAAGGAAAACACCAUGUGGUGAAGGUUCUAAAACUUGGGAUCGUUUCCAGAUGCGUAUUCACAAGCGUCUCAUUGAUUUGCACAGUCCUUCAGAGAUUGUCAAGCAGAUAACAUCAAUCAGUAUUGAGCCUGGUGUAGAAGUUGAAGUUACAAUCGCUGAUGCUUAAAUGAUUGUCAUCUAUUCAAUAAAAGUUAAUAACUUUUCA